AGCAUGCUGCGGCUACAAAAUAUCGCCAUUUUCCUUUUGUUACUCGCAAGAACAUUAUCCGUCCCGCUGCGGAAACACCUAAGCAAAGAAGCACUCGACAAAUCUGCUGCUGAUAUCAUUAUAAAGACCAAUAAAGAUGCGGACGCGACAUCUCGUCUAUUUGAAGGCGACAUUCAACUCGAGCCAGAAGACCUCGAAUUUCUGCAUCAAACUUCAAGAAUGAAUAAACGUAAUGCACAGCGCAUGCGUCAAGGGUUAUGGCGGACCAAAGUCAUCCCCUAUGAAAUACACUCAUCGCUUGAGAGUGAAGGAUUCCGGGAGCCUAUCGAGGCAGCAAUUAAAGAAUUACAUAAACACACUUGCAUUCGAUGGGUUCCACGAACAGCUGAAAAACCUUGGGUUAAAUUCGUAAAAGGGAAAACGUGUUCAUCCCGUGUUGGAAGGAAGUACUGGAGUGAUGAUUACCAAGAGAUUAUCCUUACGUCCAACUGUAAACACCAAGGAACCAUCUUACACGAGAUGAUGCACGCUACAGGUUUCUGGCACGAGCAAUCGCGACCUGACAGGGAUCAAUACGUAGAGAUUAUGUGGGAGAACAUUGAACCAGGUCCAAGCGGUGGCUGGAGUUCCUGGUCUUCAUUUUCACCAUGCAGUGACGCCUGCCAAAAAUAUCGCCAGCGAUACUGCACAGCAGUUGACACGAACGAGUGUCCUGGGGCUGACUAUUAUGGUAUCCAAACCAAAUCUGUUAAGUGCAGUUCUCAAGAAUGUUAUGUACACAUUGAUGGUCACUGGAGCAAAUGGUCGCAAUGGUCACAAUGUAGUGCCACUUGUGAUAAAGGAAUUCACACGAGAACGAGGGUUUGCAAUGACCCUGCUCCGAAACGAGGCGGGAAGGCGUGUAAAGGGUCAGCUGUAGACAAGAAAGUAUGUACUAGGAAAAGCUGUGAUUUAGGUCAGGAUGACUGUCAAUUUGAUAGUGAUAUGUGGUGUCAUUGGACCCAAGACAAAACGGACACUAACCCUUGGGAUUGGCAACGAAUAUCAGGUCCUACACAAACAUUUGGGACUGGGCCUAGUGGUGAUCACACUUCCGGUUCAGGAUUUUACAUCUAUUCCGAAGCUUCUGGUCCAGCGACCACUGGAAACACGGCCAGCCUGCUCAGUCGAGCCUUCCCUCCAUCCUCAUCGCGAUGUAUGACGUUUUGGUAUAGUAUGAAUGGCGCUGGAGUUGGAAAUCUCAGGGUUUAUGUCAAGAAUAUUGGAACAUCGAACCUGGAGAUGGUAUGGGACAAGCAAGGGAAUCAAGGCAGUGAAUGGAUGAAGGGUCAAGUUGAUAUACAUAGCUCCACUGAAUAUAAGGUUGUUUUGGAGGCUGUCCGGGGACCUACGUUUCAGGGUGAUAUUGGCCUUGAUGAUAUAACAUUCACAAAUGGACGCUGUGGUGCAUCACAUCCUUCUACUUCAUUGCCCCUAACAACAACAUCAACGACAUCUACAUCACCUUCAACAACUGGCUUACCAUUUACAAUUACAACGUCAUCAAUAUACCAAACUAUUACGUUAUCUCUAACCACAGAUAUGUCAUCUUUAGCAACAAGUACGUCAUCUCCAGAAACAGAUACGUCAUCUCCAACAACAGAUACGUCGUCUACCAUAAGUACGUCUUCCCCAAUAGCAAAUAAAUCAUCACCAUCAACAAGUGCGUCAUCUACCACAAGUACGUCAUCUCCAACAACAGAUACGUCAUCUCAAACAGCUAGUACGACAUCUACCAUAAGUUCGUCUUCCCCAAUAGCAAGUAAAGCAUCUCCAUCAACAAGUGCGCCAUUUCCAACAACAAUUCCAUCAUCUCCAAUACCAAGUACGUCAUCUCGCACAUCAAACACGACAUCUCCAACGACUGCGUCAUCUCCGAAAAUUACUAAUUCAUUACCACCAAACACCGUAUCUUCUGAGUCAGCAACUAGCUCACCUCCCAAAGCAACUACGUCAUUCCAACCGGCAAUAUCUACAACUACUUCAUCGUCAGGCACAGCUGCAUCGUCUCCAAGAACUAUGACAACAUCAUCAAAAACAACUGCUGGAAAUCCGCAGACUUCUUCACAAUUUCCAACAGCAACGUCAUCAUCACAGACAGCAGCAGUCGAGACAACAGAAGUCCACAACUCAGCGGUCCACACAACAACAGUUGCAACAACAGCUGCCCAAACAACUAAGUCAACGAUGACAAUAACGACUGAGCCAGCGAUCAUUGAUGACUUUUGCGACUUUGGCUCUUUACGUCCAACAUUCUGUACGUGGAGUAACGACCCGACUAAUUCUGUUGCGUCAGGGGGGUACGUAUUCGACUGGUGGUGGAUGAAACUACCGACACCAAGUAGGAACACUGGACCAUCUCGUGAUCAUACUACAGGGAAGGGAUAUUACAUCUACUUAGAGUCGUCCACUCCCUUCGAAACUGGUAACAAGGCUAGGCUGCUAAGCAGGCAAUACCAGUCUUCCACGGUCGUGUGUUUAUCUUUUUGGUAUCACAUGUUCGGUGAAACCAUUGGUUCCCUAAGGGUCUAUAUCGAUGUACAAGAGAAAGAAAGACAGCGUGUUUGGGAGAAAAGUGGUAACCAAGGCAACACGUGGAAAAUGGCUCGUGUGUCAAUAAUGAAUAAGUCUUCAUUUAGGAUUGUAUUAGAAGGAGAACGUGGUCCUAGUUACUAUGGUGAUAUUGGUUUAGAUGACGUCACUGUGAAAAGUGGAGAAUGCGAGCCAUAGUUAUGCGAAUACAAUAUCAAAACUAAAACUGUUGCUAGAAUCACAGUACUAUGAAGGCUCACCAUUUUCACAUCCUCAUAUAAAAUUCAUUCUUGAAAAAAAUAAUAAAUUUGUUUUG